CCUGCGGUCCUUCGCAGGCGGGCUUUGGGCGAAGCGGGCGGGACGCGGCUCCUCCCCCCUCCCCCCGCCGGCGGCCUGUCCAAAAUGGCGGCGGUGCUGCAGCAGGUCUUGGAGCGGGCCGAAUUAGCCAAGUUGCCCAAAGCCGUGCAGGGGAAGCUGGAGCGCUUUCUGGCCGAUCAGCAGAGCGAGAUUGACGGCCUUCGCACCAGGCACGAGCGCUACAAAGUGGACAGCGAGCAACAAUACUUUGAAGUAGAGAAACGACUGGCUCAGAGUCAAGAGAGGCUUGUGACCGAGACACAAGAAUGUCAAAAUCUCCAACAGGAGCUGAACAAACUUAAUGAGCAGUUGAAGUCACUGACUGAGAGAAACAAAGAACUAGAAGCUGCUCAGGAACAGAAUGCAGCCAUACAGAAUCAGCUUACGAGAGCAAAAGAAGAAUUGGAAGCAGAGAAGAAGGAUCUCUUCCGAACAAACGAAAGAAGAGCUCAAGAGCUGGAAUACUUAAAUGAGGAAGUUAAACGUUUGAAUGAGAAACUCACAGCGGCAAAUACUGCAAAAGUAGAGCUACAGUUACAACUUGAUGAACUUCAGACAUCAGCCUUUUCUGUAAAGCAUCGUGAGCAAAGAUGGGAACAAGAAAAGGAAUUGUUACAGAACCAGAACACUUGGCUGAAUGCAGAACUAAAGGCAAAAACAGAUGAACUCCUGGCUGUUGCUCGAGAAAAAGGAAGUGAAAUCUUAGAGCUUAAGUGUAACCUGGAGAACAAGAAAGAGGAGGUUUCCAGGCUGGAAGAGCAAGUCAGCGGACUGAAACAAUCAAAUGAAAAUCUGCAGAAACAUGUGGAAGAUCUUUUAGUGAAACUGAAGGAGGCAAAAGAACAGCAAGCCAGCAUGGAAGAGAGGUUCCACAAUGAACUAAAUGCCCACAUCAAGUUAUCUAAUUUAUACAAGAGUGCUGCUGAUGAUUUGGAGGCAAAAAGCAAUGAGUUGACUCAAGCUGUAGAGGAGCUCCACAAACUUCUGAAGGAAGCAGGUGAAGCAAACAAAGCAGCACAGGAACGUUUGGCAGAGAUGGAACAAACAAAGGUAGCAAUUGAGAAAGAACUAAAGGAAAAGAUCAGCAAGCUGGAGAAAGAGUUGGAAAAUGCAAACGAUUUACUUUCAGCCACCAAGCGUAAAGGAGCCAUCCUUUCAGAGGACGAGCUUGCAGCUAUGUCUCCUACAGCUGCUGCAGUAGCAAAAGUAGUGAAGCCUGGCAUGAAAUUAACUGAGCUGUACAAUGCAUAUGUAGAAGCUCAAGAUCAGUUGCUGCUGGAAAAAUUAGAGAAUAAAAGGAUUAAUAAGUACUUGGAUGAAAUAGUGCAGGAAGUAGAAGCCAAAGCACCUAUUUUGAAGCGUCAACGUGAAGAAUAUGAACGCUCCCAAAAAGCUGUAGCAAGUCUUUCUGCCAAACUUGAGCAAGCUAUGAAGGAAAUUCAGCGCUUGCAAGAUGAUGCCGAUAAAGCAAACAAGCGUGCUUCUGUGCUUGAAAGGGAGAACCAGAGGCUUGAGACCCAAGUCAAAGAUCUUUCACAGCAGAUAAGAGUGCUUUUGAUGGAACUUGAAGAAGCCAGAGGCAACCACGUCAUUCGUGAUGAAGAAGUGAGUUCGGCUGAUAUCAGCAGCUCUUCGGAGGUAAUAAGCCAACAUCUGGUCUCAUACAGAAACAUUGAGGAGCUUCAGCAACAGAAUCAGCGCCUGUUAGUAGCUCUUCGAGAGCUGGGCGAAGCUAAAGAGAAAGAGGAGCAAGAAAACACAUCAUCAAAGAUUUCUGAGCUACAAAGUCAACUUAAUGAAGCUAUCCAGGAACUAGAAAAAUUGAGUGAGUCCCGCCAGCACCAGAUGCAGCUUGUUGACUCCAUUGUUCGUCAGCGUGACAUGUAUCGCAUCUUGCUGGCACAAACCACUGGAGUUGCCAUUCCAUUGCAAGCUCCAAGCAGCUCACCAGAAGAAAUGUCUCUGACAUCAACCCCUAAGCGCCUGUCAGGUACGCCACAGGCUAUGUCGACCCCAGCUGCCAUACCAGCGACAGAGUCCACAGAAGCAGUGGAAGCAAAGGCUGCCCUUAAGCAGUUGCAGGAGUUUUUUGAGAGCUAUAAGAAAGAAAAGGCAGAGAAUGACAAAUUGCUCAAUGAGCAAAAUGAGAAGCUCCAGGAACAGGUUACGGACCUGAGGUCUCAGAAUACCAAGAUUUCUACCCAGCUUGAAUUUGCCUCCAAGCGACAGUUUACCACAAAGACUGAUCAGUGUAAGGCUAUGUCUUUGGGACUUUCAGGGUUGCAUUCUCCCUUUCAGAUUCAUUUAUUGGACACUAAAAGGCAGCUUGAGACAGAAAUGAACCUUCAUGUUCACACAAAAGAACUGCUGAAGAACGCCCAAAAGGAGAUUGGGACAUUAAAGCAGCAACUCCAUAAUAUGGAAGCUCAGUUAGCCUCCCAGUCAGUGCAGCCGUCUGCUGGUCAAGGUCACCCAGGUACAAAUGAGGAUGUGGAUGAUCUUGUAAGUCGAUUAAGGCAGUCUGAAGAGCAAGUUAACGAUUUGAAGGAAAGGCUUAAGACUGCUACAAGCAAUGUGGAGCAGUACCGAGCGAUGAUGGCAAAUCUUGAGGAAUCGCUUAACAAAGAAAAGCAGGUGACUGAGGAAGUUCGGGCAGCCAUCGAAGCUCGCUUGAAGGAGUCCUCCGAAUAUCAAUCCCAACUGGAAAAGAAAUUGAUGGAGGCAGAGAAGGAGAAACAGGAACUUCAGGAUGAGAAACGGAAAGCAAUAGAAAGCAUGGAAGAGCAGCUUUCAGAGCUGAAGAAAAACCUUGCCAGUAUGAAAACUGAAGUCCAGGAAGCUCUUCAGAGAGCAAGUGCAGCUCUUAACAAUGAGCAACAAGCUAAACGGGACUGCCAGGAACAAGCCAAAAUAGCUGCAGAAGCACAAAAUAAAUAUGAACGGGAGCUCAUGCUACAUGCUUCUGAUGUUGAAGCUUUACAAGCUGCCAAAGAACAAGUGGCUAAGAAUUCUGCAAUAAAGCAGCAGCUGGAAGAUGCUGCCCAGAAAGCAGAGUCUGCAUUGCGAGAGAACAGAGCCUCCUGGGAGGAGCGAGAGAGAACAUUGAAGGAUGAAGUUUCUAAGCUUGCAUCUCGCUGUGAAGACUUGGAAAAACAAAACCAGCUCUUGCAUGAGCAGCUGGAAACACUAAGCAACAAGAUGGUGGCCUCAGUGAAGGAAGGCUCACCAGGUUCAUUGAAUGUAUCUCUCAGCGAAGAAGGAAAAUCACAAGAGCAGAUAGUCGAAAUUCUCAGGUUUAUCCGAAGAGAGAAAGAGAUAGCAGAAACGAGAUUUGAAGUAGCUCAAGUGGAGAGCUUACGUUACCGCCAGAGGGUCGAGCAUUUGGAAAGAGAGCUUCAAGAGUUGCAGCAGAGCCUGAAUGCAGAGAGAGAAAAGGUGCAGGUAACAGCAAAAACCAUUGCCCAGCAUGAAGAGCUUAUGAAGAAGACUGAGACCAUGAAUGUUUUGAUAGAAACCAACAAGAUGCUGAGGGAAGAGAAGGAGAGAUUGGAACAGGAGCUGCAGCAAAUGCAAGCUAAAGUGCGUAAGCUGGAAGCGGAUAUCAUGCCUUUACAAGAGUCAAAUGCCGAGCUGAGUGAGAAGAGUGGUAUGCUCCAGGCAGAGAAGAAGCUCUUGGAGGAAGAUGUCAAACGCUGGAAAUCCCGGACCCAGCACUUACUGAGCCAACAAAAAGAUACAGAUGUUGAAGAGUAUCGGAAGUUGCUCUCUGAGAAAGAAGUGAACACCAAACGCAUACAACAGAUGAGUGAAGAAAUAGGCAGACUUAAAGCUGAAAUUGCAAGGUCAAAUGCAUCACUGACAACAAAUCAGAACUUGGUCCAGUCCCUCCGUGAAGAUUUAGCAAAAACAAAAACUGAAAAGGAAACCCUUCAGAGGGAGUUAGAAAUGAAAGUGGCUGACAUCCAAGAGAAAGUUAAGACCAUAACUCAGGUCAAGAAAAUUGGACGGAGAUACAAGACACAGUAUGAAGAGCUGAAAGCACAACAUGACAAGGUGGUUGAAGCAUCCACUCAGUCUUCUGCAGAACAGCAAGAGCAACAGGCUGCAGAUAAGGAAGUUCAGGAGAUGAAAGAAGCUCUGACCCAGGCUGAGGCCAAAAUUAAAGCCCUGGAGGGACAGACUGAAAAUUUACAGAAGACUCUAGGAGAGAAAGACAAUGAAGUAAAAAAUCUGCAGGAACAGGUAGCCCAGCUGCAGUCGGAUGUUUCCCGUCUUCAUCAAGAAUUACAAGAAAAAACAACCCAGGAAGAACAGCUCAGGCAACAGGUGGCUGAGAAGGAAGAAAAGACGAAGAAGACUCUUCUGGCUGCUAAGCAGAGGAUUGCACAGUUAGCAGGAGCAAAAGAACAGCUGACAAAGGAAAAUGAGGAAUGGAAGCAAAAGAACAACACCCUGGAAGAGCAGAAGGCUGAGAUGGAAGUCCGGAUGAGUGCCCUGAAAUCCCAGUACGAGGGCAGGGUUUGUCGCUUGGAGCGCGAGCUGCGAGAGCAGCAGGAGAGGCAUCAUGAGCAGCGGGAUGAGCCUCCAGAGUCCACCAACAAGGUUCCAGAACAGCAGAGACAGAUUACUCUGAAGUCAACUCCUGCGGCAGGUGACAGAGGAAUUGCUAGUACUUCAGAUCCACCAACAGCCAAUAUCAAACCAACUCCUGUUGUGUCUACCCCAAGCAAAGUGACAGCUGCUGCCAUAGCUGGGAACAAAUCAACUCCGAGGGCCAGUAUCCGUCCCAUGGUGACUCCAGCAACUGUGACAAAUCCUACCACAACACCAACAGCCACUGUAAUGCCAACCACACAAGUGGAGACUCAGGAAGCUAUGCAGUCAGAAGGUCCCGUUGAACAUGUUCCAGUCUUUGGAAGCACCAGUGGUUCUGUGCGCUCCACAAGCCCCAAUGUGCAGACAUCUCUGUCUCAGCCUAUCUUGACAGUUCAGCAGCAGACUCAAGCUACAGCUUUUGUACAGCCCACUCAGCAGAGUCAUCCCCCAAUCGAGCCAGCCACUCAGGAACCCUCUCCAACAAUUUUGGAGGUGGUACAAAGCUCCCAGAUAGAACGGCCUUCUACAUCAACAGCAGUGUUCGGCACAGUUUCAGCGACACCAAGUUCUUCUUUACCCAAGCGGGCACGGGAAGAAGAAGAGGACAGCACCGUUGAGAAUUCCGAACAGCUUUCUGAGGAUAUGGUUGAUAUGCCUCUUGCCAAAAAAAUGAGAAGUGUCCAAAGAGUUGGGCCUGAGGAAGAAGUCACUGCAGAAGAGAGUACAGAUGGAGAAAUAGAAGCUCAGACCUUCAAUCAGGAUUCACAGGAUUCUAUUGGAGAGGGUGUCACACAAGGAGAGUAUACUCCCAUGGAGGAUAGUGAGGAAACUUCCCAGUCUCUCCCAAUAGAUCUUGGACCCCUUCAGUCAGAUCAGCAGAAUACAAGCUCAUCCCAGGACGGCCAGGGCAAGAGAGAUGAUGUAAUUGUCAUUGACAGUGAUGAUGAAGAAGACGACGACGACGAAAAUGAUGGGGAAGCAGAGGAAUAUGAGGAUGAAGAAGAGGAUGACGAUGAUGAGGAUGAUGAAGACACAGGAAUGGGAGAUGAAGGUGAAGACAGCAAUGAGGGCACUGGGAGUGCUGAUGGUACUGAGGGAUAUGAAGCAGAUGGUGCUGAGGGACCUGAUGGAGUUGAUCCCAGUACAGAAACAGAAGAGAGCAUUGCUGGAGGUGAAAGUAGCCAGAGGGCAGCUGACUCUCAAAACUGUGGUGAAGGGAACUCAGGAGCGGCAGAGUCCACUUUUUCUCAGGAAAGUCCAAGAGAACAGCAGCCAACGUCUGCUUCUGAGAGACAGGUGCCACGUCCUCCUCGGCCUCACCCCUUGCCCCCACGACUGACCAUUCAUGCUAUUCCUGCUCCACCGCAGGAGCUGGGACCGCCAGUACAGCGGAUACCGAUGACUCGGAGGCAGUCAGUGGGACGUGGACUUCAGUUAACCCCCGGCAUCGGAGGCAUGCAGCAGCACUUUUUUGAUGAUGAGGACAGGACCGUUCCAAGCACUCCAACCUUGGUUGUUCCACAUCGUACAGAUGGAUUUGCAGAAGCCAUUCACUCCCCUCAGGUUGCUGGAGUUCCCAGGUUUAGGUUUGGCCCUCCUGAAGAUAUGCCACAGACUUCUGGUCAAUCAGAUCUUGGGCAACUCGCAUCACAAGGAGGGUUAGGAAUGUAUGAAACCCCUCUCUUCCUUGCCCAUGAAGAAGAAUCAGGAGGUCGUAGUGUCCCAACAACUCCACUUCAGGUUGCAGCACCAGUUUCUGUGUUUACUGAAAGUAGCACUGCUGAUGCUUCAGAACAUGCCUCCCAGUCUGUCCCGAUGGUUACAACAUCUACUGGUAACUUAUCAACCACUUCAGAAUCUGGAACAGGUGACGAUGGUGAUGAAGUUUUUGUGGAGGCAGAAUCAGAAGGAAUUACUUCAGAGGUUGGUCUAGAAAUUGAUAGCCAGCAAGAAGAAGAAUCAUCUCAAGCUCCUGAUGAGUCAGACCUCCCUUCUACCAGUCAGGAUCCUCCUUCUAGUUCCUCUGCAGACACAAGCAGUAAUCAUCCCAAGCCUUUCCGACGGGUUAGGCUCCAACCACCCACAUUAAGAACAGGAGUUCGUGGUCGUCAGUUUAACAGACAGAGGGGUGUAACCCAUGCGAUGGGCGGCAGAGGAGGCCUGAACAGAGGCAAUAUUAAUUAAGUUCUGUACAAAUUUUGGAAAUGGUGUAUACUGUCUAAUCUGUCUUUUAUUCUGUAUUAGUGUAAUGGCUGCUAAGUUUAAAUCAGUUUUUUUAUUUUGAAUUUGGAUCAAUGUAUGAACAUUUCAUUGUCUUUUAUUAAUAAAAACUUAGAGAAAUUGUCAA